CAGUCUCAAGCACUCAGCGCCUGCAUUCGUACUGUACUCUCCCUUGUCUCCUGAGUCGUCUGUGUACAAAAAUCGCCAUGGCUGUUAAGGGUCUCCUCAUCUUCGCCGUCCUCGUCUCCGCCCUCGCCUUCUGCCACGCUAGCGAGACGCCCUCCAAGAAGCCUGAUGGGCGCCUCUUCUCCACCUCCGACAACACCUCCGUCUCCAUCGACACCCAGGGCUUCAUUGGGCUCAUUAUCCUCGCCGUGAUCAUAGGUCUCAUAGGAAUGGUGCUGGGCGUGUUCUCCAACGGCAAGACUGACCUGACUGGAUACGCCAGGAAUCAGCCUACAACGUCCACCGCUCUAUGGAAGACGCCCAUACCAAGUACCAGUAAGAUGGUAUCAACGAUGGAAACAUACCGGGAGGGGAUGAUAGGCCUACCCAAAAAUUAUGUCUUCGUUUGAUGUAAUUCAGGGGGGAAAAGGUUGUAUUCUCUUCGUGGAUUGACUUUGCUGUUGGAUAUUGAUGAUAGAUUGAAUGGUAUUUCGUUGAGGAUUGAAUGAGAUGAGUUUCUGACGUGAGUUUCGCUAGGUUGGCCUAGAUGCGUGAGAUGAUCUGAAGCUUUGACUUGACUGAUUUAAUGAGUGACUUCUCAGGUAACCAGUGACUGACUCUUCUCAGGUGACUUUAAAUGACUAACGGGUGACUCUACCUUGACUAAUGAAUGACUCUCUAGGAUGGUUGACCUACUUAGGUGACCGAUAGGUGGCUUCCCAGGUGAAAAAGGGUGACUUUCCAGAUGACUGACGGCGACUGAAAUAUUGACUUAAGGUACUCUGGCUGACUCAAAGACUCAUUAGUGACUAGAUUACAACACAAGACUCGAUGCACGAUAACCUGUGCGACUUACUGAAAAAAGUUACGCAAACGGAAAUACUGAAAGACCGUUAUUGUAACUGUUGUUUCACUUCUU